GGAGACCCGGCUAGACCUGGGGACGUGGAAUGGUUCCUGUAUCUCCCCGAGGGUUCCCACUUGGCCUUCAGUAGGGGUCAGGACGCAGGGACUUGUACCAAAGGGGAGAAAAGCCGGGCUCAACCUGAGGCCCCUAGGACCUCCUUCUCCCAAUGUCGGAGGUAGGAGGCCUCAUACCUCCCGCGCGCUGGAGUCAGAAAGUAGCCUACUACAGUCUAGCUUGGAGGAGGGUCCAGGGAGGGAUGGGUGCUGACCCUUAGAUGCCUGGAGGUCUGAUCCCGUAGCACUUUCAGACCUCUGGCCUGUGUUCCAUUGCCUUAGCUAGUGUCGGAGUGCUCCUUUGAACCAGAGGGCCAGUUUCUAAGUCUGGUCCUAAUGGUCACACAUUAGUGUGACCUCCAGGAAGAGAUUUCGCCUCUCAGAUUCUCACUCUUCCCCGCUGUAAGACAGAAGUACCUAGGGCUAAGUAAGGGUUGUGAAUUAUGAGGCCAAACUGACUAGUUCCAAUCUCAGCUCUGUUGAACUAAUUGUGACUUUGGACAGCCACUUAAUUCAUUUUCCUCGUGUGUAAGAUGAGAAUGGUAAUUAUUUCCUGACUUUUUUCAAGAUUAAAUGAAAUGUCUUUCAUAUAUAUAUGACACAUAGCCUUCAAUAUGUGUCAAUAAACAGAAAUCGUCUUGUUUUCUACCCGGAUUCUUACAUCUACAAUUGUGAAGGCAGGAGAAAUGGACAUUUGGAUUUCCAAGUCUUUGCACUAUGCAGUUUGCUUUACGUCUCUUGCCUAGACAGGCAGAUAUAUUGGAAAGGGAUGCAUCUCCAACAAAAAAAAAAAAAAAGUGACCAAACAGACUCCUUGUAACCCAGUUACCCCCUUUCAUAGUCGUGAUCACCAUGAAGGUUUUCUACGUUUUUCACUGUUUCUCAACCUGUUUUAGCCCUUAGUUCUCACUCAUAUAGCCACUCAUAUAAAUGUAACCUGAUAUGUGCCAGAUUCUUUGCUAGCCAUGAAGAUACAAGACACCCUACAAAGCUCAGUGUAGAAGGUCUGGGGUAGGACCGGGAUUCUGCAUUCCUAACGAGCUCCCAAGUGAUGUUGAUGAAGCCAACUAGCAAACAGCACUUUGAGUAGCAAGAUGUAGAGAUUUUAUAAACUAGCGGAGAGUGGGUGGCUGCAGGCAAAAGGCAAAGUCCGGGUUAACUGCCUGAAAACUUGAGGUGGUCUCCGCCCCUUUGCUUGCUGAGGUUCCCUCCCAAGAAUCUGCCACGUGACGGAUUCUAGGAGGCAGCCCUCCUAGAGCAGAAGAAACCUUUAAGUGCCGUGGCUGCGAAGAUGCCGCCUUCCCUGCCUUCCCUGCCUUCCCUGCUGCUGCGGCUUGUGAUGCUGCUACUGCUGCUACUGUCCCAGACAGAGGCUCGCUCCUUCGUAGUGGAUCGGCAACAUGACAGAUUCCUCCUGGACGGAGUCCCGUUCCGCUAUGUUUCUGGCAGCCUGCAUUACUUUCGCGUACCGCGGGUACUUUGGGCCGACCGGCUUCUCAAGAUGCGUUUGAGCGGCCUCAACGCUGUACAGUUUUACGUGCCCUGGAACUACCAUGAGCCGGAGCCUGGGGUCUAUAACUUUAACGGCAGCCGGGACCUCGUUGCCUUUUUGAAUGAGGCAGCUAGAGCGAACCUGUUGGUCAUUCUGAGACCAGGACCUUACAUCUGUGCAGAGUGGGAGAUGGGAGGUCUCCCAUCUUGGUUGCUUCGAAAACCUAAUAUUCGUCUGAGAACCUCUGAUCCAGCUUUCCUUGCUGCUGUGGACUCCUGGUUCAACGUCUUGCUACCCAAGAUAUAUCCAUUUCUCUACCACAACGGGGGCAACAUCAUUAGCGUUCAGGUGGAGAAUGAAUAUGGUAGCUACAGGGCCUGUGACUUCAAGUAUAUGAGACACUUGGCUGGCCUCUUCCGGGCAUUACUAGGAGACAAGAUCUUGCUCUUCACCACAGAUGGGCCUCAAGGACUCAAAUGUGGUUCCCUCCAGGGACUCUAUACCACUAUAGAUUUUGGCCCAGCUGACAACAUUACCAAAAUAUUUUCCUUGCUUCGGAAUUAUGAACCCCAUGGGCCAUUGGUGAACUCUGAGUACUAUACAGGCUGGCUGGAUUACUGGGGCCAAAACCACUCCACCCGGUCCAGCCUGGAUAUAGCCCAAGGACUGGAAAAGAUCCUCCAGUUGGGAGCCAGUGUGAACAUGUACAUGUUCCAUGGAGGUACUAACUUUGGAUACUGGAAUGGUGCUGACAAGAAGGGGCGCUUCCUUCCAAUUACUACCAGCUACGACUACGAUGCACCCAUAUCUGAAGCAGGGGACCUCACACCUAAGUUUUUUGCACUUCGAAAUGUCAUCAGCAAGUUCCAGGAAAUUCCUUUGGGACCUUUACCUCCCCCCAGCCCCAAGAUAAAGCUUGGACCUCUGACUAUGAACCCGGAUGGGAAUUUGCUGUCUUUCCUAGACUUUCUCUGUCCCCACGGCCCCAUCCGUUCAGUUUUGCCAUUAACCUUUGAGGCUGUGAAGCAGGACCAUGGCUUUAUGCUAUACCGGACCUAUCUGACUUUCACUGUUUUUGAACCAACACCAUUCUGGGUGCCAAAUAAUGGAAUUCAUGACCGUGCCUAUGUGAUGGUGGAUGGGGUAUUCAAGGGUGUCCUGGAACGGAACUUGAAACAGGAACUAUAUUUGACUGGGAAAGUGGGGGCCAAGCUGGAUAUAUUGCUAGAGAAUAUGGGGAGGCUCAGUUUUGGGUCUAACCACAGUGACUUCAAGGGCCUGUUAGAAACACCACUUCUUGGGCAGACACUCCUCACCGAGUGGACUAUGUUCCCUCUCAAGAUUGAUAAGCUUAUAAGGUGGUGGUUCCCCCUGCAGCUGGUCAAAAGAGCACAGCCUCAAGUUUUUUCUGUUCCUGCCUUCUAUUCCACAACAUUUUCAGUGUUAGGCAAACUUGGAGACACGUUUCUGCAUCUAUCUGGAUGGACCAAGGGUCAAGUAUGGAUCAAUGGGUUUAACUUGGGCCGGUACUGGACAAAGCGAGGUCCACAGCAGACCCUAUAUGUGCCAAGACAUCUGCUGCUUAAUAGAUCAAUCAACAAAGUCACAUUGCUGGAGCUAGAAAACAUGCCGCGUGAGCCCACAAUCCAAUUUUUGGAUAAGCCUAUCCUCAAUAGCACUUUGCACUUGGGCUAUACCUAUUUUCUCUCAGAAACACAAAGUUCGUAUGAACCAAUGGAGUUAAGUGGGCACUGAAAGAAAGAUGACCCUUGAAUCUGGGACACAGGGCAAGAUCCUUUGGUGCUGGUCACAGUGGCCAUAAAGAAUCAAAAGCUACAAUCCCACCGAAUGUAAGUACAGAUACAGUUUUCUUGCCAAACUUUAUUGUGAUUAAAAUUCCAAAGACAGUACUG